UAACCGCAUACGGGGCUUUGCGGAAGUUGCGAGAGAAACAAUGGAUGUAUGUACCCCAAGUCGUGAUCCCCCACAGCAGCUUCCUGGACGCUUUUCCCCAGCUCUGACCCCACUUUUUCAAUAUGGAUCUCUCCCAAUUCAUUACACGGAAGAUGACCUUUCUGGCAAUUGCAGUAGCAUUGGCUCAAGGAACCGAUGGCAAUUCGCGUCGCUUAAUCAAUGGCGGGUUCAUUCAGCCGGAGCAAUUCAGUCCAAGUGGUCAGAAUGCCAGGAAGAAGACAAAAACGCUGGGCCCUCCCUGCUGGCUGGGCGUUCGCUCUUGCUCAACUCGCAACGACAUCACCAGCUCCAGUCUCCCUCGUUUUUGAACCCUAAGCGUGUUAUCAUUCGUUUCGAGGGGAAUUAGGGGAAAAGCCGAGAACAGCCCAAUCAAGGAUAAAGGCAGAAGAGAAAGGAAGAAGAAAAAAAAAAUGAUCGGAACCACAGUCCUUCUCGCGCUGGUCAGCGCCGCAUCGGCGGCCUCGCUGCCGUGCCGCCAGGUCGACACCCCCGCCGAGGUCAAGUGCCCGAUCGUGUUCGACGGGCGCGUGUCGUCCUCGCUGUCGGCGGCCGACUUCGACAGCUCGAGCACGUCGCCCUUCAACCCGGACUACGUCAAGGGCGAGGGCCUCAAGUGGAGCGAGAUCCUCAAGUUCCCCGCCGACGCCGGCCGCGCGCGCUUCGACGACGACACCAAGAAGGCCUUCGAGGUCACCAUCAGCGACAAGUCCAUCUUCCAGACCCAGAAGGGCUUCCGCCGCGCCGGCCUGCAGUUCAAGGGCGACAGCAACGACGCCAGCCCCGCCGUCAAGGGCGUCAAGACGAUCCACUUCAGCGUCAAGCUUGAUCCACAGAGGCCGCUUAACUUGUCGCAUGAAUACCUGAACGUCUGGCACGAGGCGGCCGACUACUCGGCCAACCAGUUCAACUUCGAGGCGGGCGCCAUUAUUGGCCAGGACAGCCUGGCCAAGGACACAUGGAAGGUGCUGAACCGACAGAACAACCAGGUCUGGUCGACGCCCAUCGAGAAAGACGCCUGGCAGAACUUUGCCAUCACCCUGGACUUCAACAAGAAUACCCUCCAAGUCUACUACUCCAAGGGCUCCGACCCGCUCAAGUCGGUCACCAGCGCCGUGACCAACGACAACUCGGGCGCGGGCCAGUUCCAGAUCGGCAUCCUCAAGAAGCCGACGGGCACCAGCGACGUCGUCAACGCCGGAUACCAGGAGAGCGGCCUCAACGAGGGCCUGAUCUACGGCAGCCUGUUCGUCGAGGACUCGGACAACGCCUGCGUCUCGCUGUGAUGAACCACACGCCAACUCCGCUCCACACUCACAACGGGCACCCAUCUAUCUGUCUAGACCAUCUGGUGUCGGUGUAGAAGGGGAGGUAGGGGUAGGUCCGGUAGUCAAAUAUGUGGUUCCUGUACAUACCUACAUACUUGCGACUUGUUGAUACAGCGCACGUAUAUAACUUCGCUUCUGAAAUCGUUGUUCAUGGAUGGCUGAAAAUACGUUGAAGUAUGUAUACAAUUUGCUUGCUUCUUUACAAGUCAUGAAUAAAAUUGGAGCACCUACUGGCUCAGCCCGCUCUCGCGUGACCUACAUAAGCAGAUAGAUGUCACGGA